GAUUCAUUCUGAGCUACUGUAAUAACACCGGGCCAAGGGAGAUGGUGUUGGGCAAGUGAAGUAGUAGUGGCAGCGGUCUAAAUUUAGUCGCCCUCUGCUUGUGAACUAAAUACCAAUGACAACAGACAAACUGACACCCACCCACCCACCCACUCAUUCAGUCACUCACAGGCUGCAGCCCCCACUUGCUGCCCUCCCCAACACAAGCCUCAGUAACGGGGAGCGUGAGCGCCCACACGGGUCACACUACCCGGUCUGACCUCACCUUUCUUUCCCCGAGGAGACAGGCACAACUUGAGACAACCCCCUGAGGGUCCUUCAGGACAGCCAUGUCACAGUUCUCCACCAUGACAACCAGAGAGAGGAAAAUGCAGGCAGCAGCAAUCUGCAGGGAGGUUCAAGCCCAAGAAGAUAUAGAAAUGGAUCUGGGAAAGAAGAUGAGUGUGCCUAAGGACAUAAUGCUGGAGGAGCUGUCUUUCGCCUCCAACCGGGGCUCCCGUCUCUUCAAAAUGCGUCAGAGACGAUCAGAAAAAUACACUUUUGAGAGCAUCCAGAACCAAAACAACACACAGCUGAAUAGCAUUGCCAUCUUCCAAACUGAGACUGGGAAUACCACUGACAGCCACAGCGGCCAGAACAACGUAGGUGUUGACCAGCCACCGAAAGUGACAUGUGACACAACAACUAUGGAAAUGGUGCCAGAUCCCACCAGCAUUGCUCCGGGGUAUGGAGGUCCUUUGAAAGACAUCCCUCCGGAGAAGUUCAACAGUACAGCUGUGCCAAAAUCCUACCACUCACCCUGGGAGCAGGCCAUCAUCAAUGACCCUGCCUUGGCUGACACUCUCAUCACCCGCAUGCCAGAGCUGGCACCUCAACAAGACCUGCCAGGGUACAAAAGCUUCAACAGGGUGGCAACCCCUUUCGGUGGUUUCAGCAAAGCACCCAGGCCUCCUCCUGUCAAGACCCUUCAGGUAGAAAUCCUCCCAGAGCUCCCGGAGCUCCAAGGGGACACCCCGGUAAUUCGACCCUCCUUCAACAGAGCUGCUCUGGGGUGGGUGUCUACGGGUGGUCCAGUCCCCCUCCCUAAUGUUUCUGUCGAGAAUGCGCUCAUCCCUGAGUCAGAAGACCUUUGAGCCCGUGUUGAAGUCACACAGAGAUGCUGUCUACUUAGUUGCUUAACCUGAGGUUGUUGUUUGUGGAGUGAUGCUGGAGUCAGAACAGAGCAUCCUGUUGGGUGUUGCUGGUUCAAGUUAGCGUGUAUGUAGCACCCUUUGGUCUUUCCACUGAUGUUAACUGUUGCACUGCAGGGAAUAAUUUAAAAAAAAUCACUGUGUACAUUAGACAGACACACUACUGAAAACUGUUGUAUAUUGAUUUUCAUAAACAGAUUUUAUCUCACAUUUUUGCUCAAUAAAGUGGCGUACAAUGAUCAAAAAUCCAAUC